AUGGAGGCGGUGGCUCCCUCCCGCAGCUUCAACCUGCCGGUGCUGCUGGAGCAGCUGGACCAGGACGAGCUGACCACCUUCAAGAACAUCCUGAGGAACCUGAGCCAGCAGAACGAGCUGCAGCAGGUGGCCCCGGCCGAGAUCAAGGAGGCCGACGGGCGGCAGCUGGCGGAGAUGCUGGCCGACCGCUGCCCCCGGUACUGGGUGGAGACGGUGACCGUGCAGGUCUUCGAGAAGAUGAACCGCAUGGAUCUGUCCGAGCAAGCCAAGGACGAGCUUGGAGAACUAUCUCAGAAAUCGCUCCAGGAGAAACCCAUGGCGUUACGGAUCGUGUGGACUCACCCCGCGAAGUGCGCGCGCAUGGAGGACCCGCUGGAGCGCCUCAAGGACCCAGCGUUUGUCAGCUGCUUGAAGUGCGGCGUGUGGAUCGUACCUGCCAAUCGGCCUAAUGGCUCCGUCCUCUCUCCCCCUCCCCGCCUCGCCGGCCCCGCUGAAGACAAGGAGGACGCGUACCGAAGCGUGCUGAAGCAGAAGUUCGCCAAGGCCUGGGAGGACGACCUGCGGCUCGGGGACGCAGAGAGCAUCCAGGCGUUCGCCCGCAGAUACGAGGCGCUCAUCCCCUUCUGUAGCCCCAAGGCGCACGAGGGGCCGUUCCCGCACACCGUGGUGCUGCAGGGCCCCGCGGGCGUGGGCAAGAGCGUGCUGGCGCGCAAGGUGCUGCGGGACUGGCUGCAGCGCGGCCUGGGGCUGCCCUUCCAGUUCGCCUUCUACCUCAGCUGCCCCGAGCUCCGCGGCGAGCCGGCCUGCACCUUCGCCGAGCUGCUCUGCAGGGACUGCCCGGAGCUGCGGGACGCCGUGGUGCGGGGCGCCACGCAGGCGCGCCACGUGCUACUGGUGCUGGACGGCUUCGACGAGCUGCGCGCGCCCACAGGGGCCCUGGUCAGCGACAUCUGCGGCGACUGGACGCAGCCCAAGCCCGUGCCCGUGCUGCUGAGCAGCCUGCUGAAGCGCAAGCUGCUGCCCCGGGCCACCGUGCUGGUGACGACGCGGCCGCAGGCGCUGCGGGAGCUGCGCAUCCUGGUGGAGCAGCCGCUGCUCAUCCAGCUGCACGGCUUCUCUGAGCAGGACCGGAGGCUCUACUUCCUGCGGCGCUUCCCGGACGAGGCGCAGGCGCUGCGGGCCCUGGACGCCGUGAGGGGCAACGCCGCCUUGUUCGAGCUGGACGCCGCGCCCGCCGUGUGCUGGCUGACCUGCGCCUGCCUGGGCGCCCAGCUGGAGCGCGGCGAGGACCCCGCGGCCGCCUGCGCCACCACCACCGAGCUCUUCCUGCGCUUCCUGUGCGGCCGCUGCGCGCCCGGCCCGCACCUGCGCGCCGCGCUCGGGGCGCUGAGCCGCCUGGCGGCGCGCGGCGUCUGGGCGCAGGUGUCCGGGUUCUGCGGGCCGGAGCUGCGGGCGCUGGGGCUGGCCGAGCAGGAGCUGCGCCCCUUCGUGGCCAGCGGCGUGCUGCGGGAGGACGGCGACCGCGCCGGCAGCUACUCCUUCGCGCACCUCAGCGUGCAGCAGUGCCUGGGCGCCCUAUUCUACCUGCUGGAGGCCGCGGAGGGCGGCGCCGCCGACGAUGACGACGUGGGGCCCGUGCGGCAGCUGUUCUCCACCAAGGCGCGGGCCGACAACCCCGGCCUGGCCUGGACCGGGCGCUUCCUCUUCGGCCUCCUGAACCAGGAGCGGGCCCGGGAGCUGGAGGCCGCGUUCGGCUGCCGCGUGUCCGCGCGGGUCCUGCAGGAGCUGCUGGGCGCCGAGGGGGGCCGCCCGGUGCUGGCCGAGCUAGACACCGCCGAGGCGCUGUGCUGCCUGCACGAGUCCCAGGACGACGCGCUGGUGCGCGAGGCCAUGGUGCCCUUCCAAGAGCUGACCGUGCACCUGCGGGACACCACGGAGCUGGUGCAGGCCGCCUUCUGCCUCCAGCGCUCCCAGAACCUGCAGAGCCUCUGGCUGCAGGUGGACAAGGCCGUCUUCGCCCCGGACGCGGCCGACAAGGAGGCUGCGGGCGCCAGGUCCCGGGACGACAAGCACCUGCUGCUCUGCUGGACCAACCUCUGCUCAGUACUGGGCUCCAACUCCAAGCUCGCCUUCCUGGACAUCAGCCAGAGCGUGCUGAGCGCCCCGGCCGUGCAGGUGCUGUGCGACCACCUCGCGGCUUCCUCCUGUUGCCUCCAGAAACUGGCCCUCAGAAACACUCAGCCGGAGGACGCCUACCGGGACCUCUGCCUCUCCGUGCACGGCCACAGGACUGUCACACACCUCACCCUGCAAGGCUCUGACCAGGUGGACACGCUCCCCCCGCUGUGCGAGGUCCUGAGACACCCGUACUGUCAGCUGCAAUAUCUCCAGCUGGCGUCCUGCUCCGCCACCACACAGCAGUGGGCCGCCCUGACCCUGGCCCUGGGCGAGAACCAGUCCCUCAUGUUCCUGAACCUCACGGCCGUCGAACUCCUGGACACCGGCGCCAAGCUGCUGUGUGUGGCCCUGAGGCACCCGCGGUGCCCGCUGCAGCGGCUGUCGCUAGAGAGCUGCUACCUCACCGAGGCCUCGUGCAAGGAGCUCAGCUCGGCUCUGAUCGUCAACCAGCGGUUGACGCACCUGAGCCUGGCCGAGAACGACCUUGGGGACGGCGGGGUGAAGAUGCUGUGCGAGGGCUUGAGCUACCCCGAGUGCUGCCUGCGGGUGCUGGUGCUCUGGUGCUGCAACGUCACCAGCGAGGGCUGCGCCGCGCUCUCCCAGCUCCUGCAGCAGACGUCGAGCCUGACGCACCUGGACCUCGGGCUGAACCACAUCGGGCUGGUGGGGCUGCGCUUCCUGUGCGAGGCCCUGAAGGACCCCUGCUGUAGCCUGCAGUGCCUGUGGUUGUGGGGGUGCUCCAUCCCCCCGUUCAGCUGUGCCGACCUGUCCUCCGUGCUUGCCAUCAACCAGACCCUGGUCAGCCUGGACCUGGGCCAGAACAGCCUGGGGUUCAGUGGCGUGAAGAUGCUGUGCGAGGCCCUGAAGCUGGCACAGUGCCCCCUGCGCACACUCAGGCUGAAAAUCGAUGAGUCGGACGCCCACGUCCAGAAGGUGCUGAGAGAAACCAGAGAAAGCAACCCGCAGCUGCACAUCGAGAGCGACAGCCGGGACCCCAGGCGGCCGCGGCCCUCGGCUCAGGACUUCAUUUUCUGA